UUUAAUAACUCGCUGACAGCCGGUAGUGAGAAGGGAACUGACCAGGAACCGGUUAAUUCUCAUUUCUCCAUCUCCAGAAAUGACACAAGACACUGCUUUAGAGAUGAAAGAUGUUGAACUUAAUGAGUUUGACCAGGAAAAGGUUCCUAUGGCUGCUGGGGUAGAAGAUGCCCUUGUUGGUAGUGGGGGAGAGAAGAACGGUGUGGUCAAGGUGAAAUUGGAAGAUGAUGACGCAGUUGGAGACACACGGGCUCAAAAGUUCACCGGCCUAUCCAAAGAGGAGCUGCUCCGUGUAGCUGGCACACCUGGGUGGGUGAAAGUCCGGUGGGUACUGCUGAUCCUCUUCUGGUUGGGUUGGGCUGGCAUGCUGGCUGGAGCCGUGGUCAUUAUUGUCCAAGCCCCACGAUGCCAACCUUUACCUGUGCUGGAGUGGUGGCACAAGGGACCCCUCUACCAACUUGGUAAUCCUGAGACCUUCCAAGAUUCCAAUGGAGAUGGCAUCGGAGAUAUCAAAGGUAUUCAGCAACGUCUGGAGUCUCUCAGCUCACUAAAAGUCAAAGGUCUUGUGAUUGGUCCGCUACAUGUCAACCAACCAGAUGACAACACUCAAACCUACCUUACUGAAAUUGACCAGCGUUACGGGAAUUUUCAGGACUUCCUUGAUUUACUAGAGGCAGCCAGAAAAAAGAGUAUCAAGCUCAUUAUAGAUCUGAGCCCUAAUUACCGUGGUAACAAUAUUUGGUUUGAAAAUACUCUGACAUCCGAAAAAGCGUUCCAGGACAAAAUCAAGGAUGCUAUGGAAUUCUGGCUAAAACAGUGUAUCGGAGGAAUAUAUUUUGGUGGGAUUGAAAAUCUGGACAAUCUGUCUGAGCUAUUUGAGGAAUGGAAAAACAUUACUGCCAAUUCCAGUUCAGAAUGUGAGAACAGGGCUUUACUGGUCUCUACCAAUGAACAUCUUGAUGACAACGUUCUCACCCUUCUCAAUACCACUGGUUCGGGACUUCUUUCUUCUCGAUACUUGUUAAGCAAAGAAAACGCAAGUAAAGAGUCUCUGGGCGAGCGUAUAAAUCAGUACAUAAAUACAGACGCAGAGCAGUGGAACAGUUGGGCGGUGGGUGGGCCGCAAGUGGGUCACAUGGCUUCUUUGGUCAAAGAAAAGUUACUGCGCGCAUACCAGCUCCUACUGUUCACGUUGCCAGGAACGCCAGUCAUGUUCUAUGGAGAUGAAAUAGGCUUAAAGGACCAACCUGAAGCGUUACAGAGCCCCUACAUGCGAUGGGAUGAUACGGAAAAUGGAGGCUUCUCCACUGAUGUAAAGCGCGGAGAUUUUGAUAACAGGACUAUUUCUUUUAAGGUGAGAAUAGGAUGAGCGGACUUGGGUACAGUAGGAUCGAGCUGGCAUGAAUUAUGGGAUUAUAUGUAUUACAAGUAAAUGUGUAAAUUAAAAGUG